AUACCAUUCCACCCCCGCCCCGCACGUGUGCGCGGCGGUGAUCCGAUCCACCUCUCCUCUCCUCAGUCCUCUCCCCUCCCCUCCCCUCUUCUCCCUCGAAACCCCCGCUCCCCGAUCCGUCCCCCACCACCUGUUCGACAAAACUCCCCAACGACGGAGGGGGGGAUGGCGUCGUGGCUGAAGGCGUUGGCUUACGGCGCGGGGGGGAUCGUGGUGGCGGGCAUGGCGGCGCUCGUGGCGCUGCAGGAGCGGCUCGUGUACGUCCCCGUCCUCCCGGGGCUCGCGCGAUCCUACGCCAUCACCCCCGCCCGCCUCCGCCUCCACUACGACGACGUGUGGCUCCGCUCCUCCGAUGGCGUCCGCCUCCACUCCUGGUUCAUCAAGCACUCCCCGCACUGCCGAGGUCCGACUAUUCUUUUCUUCCAAGAAAAUGCUGGAAAUAUUGCUCACCGACUGGAGUUUGUCCGCUUAAUGAUGCAGAGGCUACAAUGCAAUGUGUUCAUGCUUUCCUACAGAGGGUAUGGUGAAAGUGAUGGUUAUCCAUCUCAGCAUGGCAUUAUAAAGGAUGCGCAGGCAGCACUAGAUCAUUUAACUCAGAGAAAUGAUAUCGACACGUCUAGAAUAGUUGUUUUUGGGAGAUCUUUAGGAGGUGCAGUUGGAACAGUACUUGCAAAAAAUAAUCCCGACAAGGUGUCUGCUCUCAUUCUGGAGAAUACGUUCACAUCGAUAUUGGAUAUGGCAGGUAUUAUGCUGCCCUUCCUAAAAUGGUUUAUAGGUGGCAGUGCCUCAAAGGGUCCAAAGGUUCUUAAUUGUCUUGUUCGCUCUCCAUGGAGUACGAUUGAUGCCAUUGGGGAGGUGAAGCAGCCGAUCCUCUUCAUAUCUGGUUUGCAAGAUGAGUUGGUUCCCCCCUCACACAUGCGGGUGCUAUAUGAAAAAGCCAUACAGCAUAACAAUAAUUGCUUGUUUAUUGAUUUUCCUUCUGGUAUGCAUAUGGACACGUGGAUCUCUGGAGGGGACCGUUAUUGGAGAGUGCUACAGUUGUUUCUGGAUCAAUACGUUCCAGAGAGACAGAGAGGUGACUUGAAUUGCAAAGCUGACUCCGGUGAUGACGGUAAUUAGACGGUCCUUCGGCAUGAUGAGAUAGCUCUAUACAAAAGCAAAAUUUCCCAUUUUAGGCACAUAUCUUUACAUGGUGCUACAGCUAUUUAAUUUAUCUAUCGGAGCGGAACCCGUUAUCUAUGUGUGGUUCAUUCAGGCAAAAUGUUCUACUCUUCUGCACAUUGAUGUUUUUAUAAGAUGCCGAAGUUUUGUGUUUUCCUGCAUAUCUCUCCACCGGCACCAUACUGACAAAUUUUUAAAUUUUGACCUACGGUAAGAGCAGAAGAUCCACCGCCUGAGAGAUGGUUUCUUUGAAACUGCAAUUUAAACUGGACACUUAAGUAUUUUUAUAUGUUGUUUUUCAUUUUUGUAGCAUAAGGCCUUGUUCUUGCUGGUUUUGCAUUUGGUGUAACUUGUAAAGAUAUCAAAAUAGUUUAACUUGUGUGAAAUAAUUCGCUUGCUAGCUUCUGUUGAUGUGUGAUGCUUGGAUACAUUUCCUCA